AUGUCACACGGACACGGCGGAAAGGCUGCGGAGGGACCGGCCACCGAAUAUCUCUACAAGAUCCUCGUGGUGGGCGACAUUGGAACGGGUAAGACCGCCAUCAUUCGGAGGUGCGUCGAGAACCAGUUCUCUGAGUCCUACAAGACCACAAUUGGCGUCGAUUUUGCCUUGAAGACCAUCCAGCGUUCCAAUGCCACCAUCCACCUCCAGCUGUGGGAUAUUGCUGGUCAGGAGCGUUAUGGCAACCUCACCAGGGUGUACUACAAAGAGGCUGUUGGCGCCUUCGUCGUGUUUGAUCUCACCCGCAACUCGUCGUUCGAAGCUGUCAAGAGAUGGAAGGAGGACAUUGACAACGUUAGACUGCCCAACGGCGAUCCUCUCCCCGUUGUGCUGUUGGCCAACAAGUGCGAUCUUGUCAAGACGCCGCUUAGCGAGGAGGUGAUGAACGAUUACUGCAAGGAGAAUGGAUUCCUCGCGUGGUUCGCCACCUCCGCCAAGGAGAACAUCAACAUCGACGAAGCUGUCAAUUUCCUCGUCGAAAACAUCAUCGUUCAUGGCAGCAACGAUGCCAUCAAGGGACCUGGCCCCGACGCCCUCAAGGUCGGCGGAGAGCGUGGCGGUGCCCCGGACUCCAACGCCUGCGGCUGCUAG